UGGUACGGUACAAUAAGGCCUCAGGAGGAACAUUGAUAAUAAAGGAAAGAACUGUGACCCAAAAUGGAAGAGGAGUUCUGACAACAAAAGCUGAUAGACAAAAGAUAAUGCCUGGUAUUCUGAAUGUGCCAAUCAACAUGUUUUCUGUUGAACAGAUAGAGCUUAUCCGAAGACUUCGUAACAGUGGAAUAACUAAACAGCAAGUUAUAGAAGCUUUUGAUUCUUUAGAAAGAAUUGAUGGAGAACUAGGUUCUUUAUUUGAUGUACCAGUGAACAAAGAUGCCACACAACAUUCACAUAUUACAAGAACUCAUCAACAUGAUCUAUUGUCACCAUUACAGACAUCAUUUAAUCAAUCUAUGACUAGAUCAAGCACACAUGAAUCUGCUGAUCAUCAAAUGAUAAAUUCAUCAUCACAUGAUACAAAUAAACAGUUUACAAUAUCCAGAACUGCAUCCCAGCAAGCUAAUAAGAAGUUAACAAAUCUGUCUUGUUCAACUAUAGAUCUUUCCAUGGAUGAUAAUGACAACUUUAAUAAUGAUACAAGAAACUAUAAAGCUUCACAGUAUGACAAUUCUAGAAUUGAGAACACAACAGUUGAAAGGCUAGAAAGAUUUCAAAAUUCAAAAUUGGCCAAUCAGAGUUCUACUGUAACUAGAACAAAAUCAGGGGAAUUACACCCUCAAUCUAUCCAGUCAGCAACAGUUAAUGUAUCCAACAAUUACAGCACAGUUCCAAAUAAAAAGCAAAAAACAACAGAAAAAGUAGAUUUAAUAGAAAUGGAUUCAAAAAAUGGUGUUGUUGAGUUAAUAGAAAGUGCAGUAAUAGAAAAGAUUGGUACAUGUACACCUACACAAGGUCAAACAGUGACAAUGCCGGAUGGUCAGGAAGUAACAAUUUCAUAUCAAAGACGAGAAAGAUUCACCUUCAGGGAAAGACAUUUAGAAAUACUGGAAGCUUUCUUUAAAGAGAACCCAUAUCCAACAUAUGAACAGAGAGAAACCAUAGCUGAUAAGUGUAAUAUGGCUAUAAGUAAUAAUGGAGCAAGGCCAUUAUAUGAAAAGGAAAAGGUGACAGCUCAUAUGGUUUUAAAUUGGUUUGCCAACAGCAGAAAGGAAGUAAAAAAGCUGGCAAAAGAAGGUGGUAUUGUGGCCUCAGCAUCAAUUUUGCCAUCACGCUUAAGUAAACGCAAAUCCACAAGUAUAGUAACACAGGGAUCAAAUGAAGAUGGUGUGAAUUCUGACCAAUCUAACGACUCUUUCCAAGCUUUAAGUGACAACAAGGGACCAAAAGAAGAAUUUAUCAUUAUAAAGUGUGAAGAGGACAAUGGAAGUUAAUGACAAACAGAAUCAAAUGUUGCUCUAGCAAGAAAAGAAGGUCACAGUGUCCGUAAUAUUGGAGAAUUCUGGAGCUAAUCAAAGUGCUUGUGAGGGUUUGAAUACUACUUUGAAUUUCUAUUGUGAACUUAAAUUAAACAUUUCAGAUAUUGUAUUGAUAAAGAUACAUAUUUUGUCAAUAUAAAGAAUUGGAGUUAUGUCCCUUUGGCUAUAAAAUUGCAGGUAGAACAGAUAGAUUCAUGCACCAUGUACUUCUUUCUGUGUACUUUGAAUUAAAUGUUUUUCUUGAAUAUAUAUGGUAUCAGACACACACACAAUCUUUUGUAAAUUGAAUAUCUUAAGCAUAUUACAUCAAUAAAUUACAUAUGGCCGUGUUAAAUGUCAUCAAUAAAAUUUUCGUAAACUAA